UUAAUCAGCAUAAAUCCCUUGGAGGCAGAAAAUGUUUCUUGCUUUACAAAUGUUUCUUGCUUUACAAAUCAUAUGGUAUAAGACAUUUCAAGGCCAGUGCAAUGGCUCUAAAUGCUUAAAGAUUUUGCUCCUGGUGACAAUAUCGGAAAUUGAAGAUGGAGGGAGGAAAGUUCUAUAUUACAGGGGAUGCUGAAUAUUUCAUUUCUUUGGUCACAUCUUCAUAAAGACACCACUAGUAAGUAGUAUGGCACAAGAGAAGGAGCUUUAUACGGUGUACCUCCUAGUCAGAAAAAAAAAGGUUUCAUAUGCAUUUUAUUGCCACACAGAAAAAACGUUUUAAAGCAGUUCCUAAUUUUCUGUGCCUGGUUAUCAACACUGACCUAUGUUUACCCUUGAGCUUUGUGCGUAUGGGGUGGGAGACAAGGUUUCACUCUGUUGCCCAGGCUAGAGUGCUGUGGUGUAAUCAUGGCUCACUGCAACCUCGACCUUUCCGGGCUCCGGCGAUGCUCCCACCUCAGUCUCCUGAGUAGCUCUGACUAUAAGGCGCACAUCUGCAGCUAAUUUUUGCAGAGACAGAGUCUUGCUAUGCUGCCCAGGCUGGUCUCAAACUCGGGCUCAAGUGAACCGCCCGCAUCGGCCUCCCAAAGUGCUGGGGUUACAGGUGUGAGCCACAGCACCCAGCCAGGUGAAGAGAUUUAAUAAUGGGAAUAACUCCUUUAUUUUUAUCUUCAUGUGUCCUGAUUGAAACUUUCUGACUGUUUUCUGCAUUAUGUCCCACAAAAAUGUGUCAAAUUCAAAGAUAAAUCUGAGGCCUUAAGUACAAUAUUUCAACCACUAACAUUCACGUGUGUUAUGAGCCCUGAAUAGGAAUAAGAUAUCUUCAGAAAUGUGGGUUGUACUUGGGAUCUGCCUCACAAGAAGAUUGCAUGUGAAAUUCUCUGAAGAUCCCCUGUGAUGCACAAGGCGGAAGAAACAGGUGUACACGAAGAAUCAGAAGAACCAAAGCCCCAGGUUUUCGGUCAGCCCGAGAGAUUGACACAUGAUAUCACCGGAGGCGUGUCCUGGAGUGGAGGUGGAGGUGGAGGCAAGGAGCUGAAAUUCUGCGGAGCCGGAGUGAGAUCGCUCUGUAAAGCACGCAGUGGUUUGCAGAGUGAUAUCAGCAGGCAGAGUUCCCUGCCCUGGAUAAGGAACAACUACAGUCGCUGUAAAUGUGCCUGAAAAGCAAUUUCCAAUCUUUGCAUUAGGCAUUUCGGCCGUGGAACUGCAGGCUCGGAGGACUGGGUGUGAGCGCUCCCCGGGAGAGGCUGACCUGCCAGGACCAGAGUUCCCGGGGACGCUGUGCCCCCACUUGCCCUACAUGUGAGAUCGCCAAAGCGCCUCGGCCUGAGCGGGGAACCAGGGACGACGCCCUCCUCUCUCGAAGAUCCCCAAACCUCGCUCCCUUAACCCCUCCCCGCUAAAAACACGGGUAAAAAGAUUCCCCUCCCCCUACCCGGCCGCGGCGGCCUCUGCCUGGCAGGCGCGUGCUCCAGGGUCUCGCGCGGGGUUUGCGCGGCUCCGUGACCCGCCCGGCGACGCCGGUUCGAGCCCUGACCCGGGCGCCGCGGAAUCUCGAACGCCCGUGACGUGGAUUUUUCGUUCGUCAGGAGGCCGCCAUCCCUUCCUUCGUUCCCUGCGAGGAGCGACCAGAACCGGAGAAGUACUCUGAACACACCGUGCCGUCAGCCAGCCCGUCACGCACUCGACUCUCCGCCACUCCCCUGCUCGUUUUUCUGAGACUCGGAGAGCCUUCCCGAAAGGAUUUGUAAAAACUGGUUCUUAGAAGGGGACUGCGGACCACCUCGUGAGGUGGAUGUUACUGAGCCGCCCGGCGAGCGCCAGCCGUGAGAGGUCCGGCCCGGGCCGCGCGGAGCCGCGGGAGAACUGCCCUCCGCAGCCGGAAGGGGGCCGCGGGGAGCGCUCCUGCCCGGUGGCGGCGGGGGCGGGGGAGGCCGCGGGCCGAGGCGCCGCAGCUCCGGCGAUGCCGCCUCGCCCUCCCCGCCUCGGUUGAUGCGGCGCGUGUACGCCGCCGCCCGCACCGGGACCUGGGCCGGGUCGCACGGCUUGGCCCCCAGCCACCGCUUCGGCCUAGGAUUUCAGAUGCAUGCCAGGUUUCUACUGAUUGCCAGAACUCGAGAUCACUACACAUGGAUCCCCAAAAUCAACAUGGCAGUGGCAGUUCAUUAGUUGUGAUCCAGCAGCCUCCUUUGGAUAGCCGUCAGAGAUUAGACUAUGAGAGAGAGAUUCAGCCUGCUGCUAUUUUGUCCUUAGACCAGAUCAAGGCCAUAAGAGGCAGCAAUGAAUACACAGAAGGGCCUUCAGUGGUGAAAAGACCUGCUCCUCGGAUAGCACCAAGACAAGAAAAGCAUGAAAGGACUCAUGAAAUCAUACCAAUUAAUGUGAAUAAUAACUAUGAGCACAGACACACAAGCCACCUGGGACAUGCAAUACUCCCAAAUAAUGCCAGGGGCCCCAUUUUGAGCAGAUCGACCAGCACUGGAAGUGCAGCCAGCUCUGGGAGCAACAGCAGUGCGUCUUCUGAACAAGGACUGUUAGGAAGGUCACCACCAACCAGACCAGUCCCUGGUCAUAGGUCUGAAAGGGCAAUCCGGACCCAGCCCAAGCAGCUGAUUGUGGAUGACUUGAAGGGUUCCUUGAAAGAGGACCUGACACGGCACAAGUUCAUUUGUGAACAGUGUGGGAAGUGCAAGUGUGGAGAAUGCACGGCUCCCAGGACCCUGCCAUCCUGUCUGGCCUGUAACCGGCAGUGCCUUUGCUCUGCUGAGAGCAUGGUGGAAUAUGGAACCUGCAUGUGCUUAGUCAAGGGCAUCUUCUACCACUGCUCCAAUGAUGAUGAAGGGGAUUCCUAUUCGGAUAAUCCUUGCUCCUGUUCACAGUCACACUGCUGCUCUAGAUACCUGUGUAUGGGAGCCAUGUCUCUAUUUUUACCUUGCUUACUCUGUUAUCCUCCUGCUAAAGGAUGUCUGAAGCUGUGCAGGGGGUGUUAUGACUGGAUCCAUCGCCCAGGGUGCCGAUGUAAGAACUCCAACACUGUCUAUUGUAAGCUGGAGAGCUGCCCCUCCCGGGGUCAGGGUAAACCGUCAUGAUUUUUGGAGGUGGGUUGUACCUCCUGAACUUCUAGCUUUCAAGUUGUGGCUGUUAAAAAAAAAUCCUAUUAGAUACUGGUUUUCUUUUCUUUAGAAUUUUUCCCUGUUUCCCACCUUCUCUUCCACUCUUCCCAAGGUCUGACUCAUGGAUUUUUCUCUUCCCUCAUGGAAGCUCUUCAGUAAGAGUGGACUGGAAAGCUGCAUCUGGCCCCUACUUAGGACCAGAGCCUCUGCCGUCCACUUGAGAGGGUAUUGAGAGCCAGCGGGCUUCUGUGUAGUGUUUUUCUUCUGCAAGCAACUUUCUAAAGUUGUAUACAUGAACAUAUACACCCACACCCAGACUACAGUGACUUAGAGCUGUGGCGAUUGGGUACCUUGGGAGCAGGGAAAUUGGUUUUUUAAAAAGCAACCAUUUAAUUGCUUAAAUAAGCUAUGUAUUAAAUCUGUCUCCAGUUAGGGCUCUCUUCUAGCUUUGGCCCCCUAAGUAGCAUGGGGGAUAUAUUUUUUGCCAUAACAUAAAAAUUUUCCUUUAACCACUGCCCUGUCCUUGUCUUUCAAGCUUCUUUCCCCCUCAGUUUUGGCGUUGCCUUACUCUGGAGUUGCCAACUGUAUUUUUUUCUUUCUUUCUAUGUAAUUUUAGAUUCGCUUGACAAUGUCAGUCUUCACAUUGGAGAUACAUUGGUUGUACCUUGCCCGUCUUCACUCUAGCUUUCGUAUUUGUGAAGGACUCAACCACCUUCCUUCUACACCCCAUGCUUCUCAGCAAAUGUUUCUUGUCAUUGGGGGCACUUGGAUAACUCAAGUUGAUAUUUAUAGCUGAUCAAUCUAUAGGUGUCACAGAACUAUGCUGCCUAAAGUGAUCCUGGCUCCUUAAUGGUCCUUUUGGCCCCCUGGUUAGGUAACAGCUGAGUAAUUCUAAUCUCUUCUGUGUUUUCAUUGCCUUAACCACAAAUUGUGGUGCUUUUUGUAUAUUUUAUGUAUAAAUCACAAAGUUGAAUUCUGACUAUUUUUAAGACAAAAGUCUGUUAAACUUUUUUAUUGUAAAGAAUAUUUAUUAUGCGAAUCUAUUAUUUUAUGAUAUUUAUUGCAAAGACUGUUGAAAUGUACUCGUCUGAAUAUAACAAAAUAUCAAUACUUAACAGAGAAUAAGGUGACACGAAGAAAGUACAUAUGUUAACUAUAAUGCAGAAAAUAUAUUAAUUAAUGAAACUGUC